UGUCAUUCCCUUUCUUCCCCAGCCUUCCUGGUCCACACAACACCAUGGGUGCACAGCAGAGCACCACCGUUCUCUCCUGCCUGCUGCGAUUGUGUUCAGAGAUUCAAAUUCUCAGAAAUGUGAAGUGCAACUCGGUACUAGAGGCUUUUUCUGGUUUGCCUCCAGAGACGCAGAGCAAAAUUGCCGAAAAGCUCCGUCAAAAGACGGAAGUCUGGAAUGUUUCUGGCCAAGGUCACACUUCGGCGCAGCCGGAGCUCCGGCGGGAGCUCUCAUCAGACAGCGUCUCCCACGCCGUUCAUCCCACAGCCUUCCCAUAUCCAAUGUGCUUGAGCUGUGGCGCUCUCGGCCUAUCCCACAAGUCUCCUGGGUCAGCGUGCCCGGGCAGCGACGUCCCCAACCGCAUGUCUAUCGAAAGUGACCCCUCCAAGACCAGUGCCAGGAUAGAGAAUGAGAUCCUCAAGAAUACCAUUAUGGAGUGGGGGGGUUCGCUAGAGCGUUUCCUCGCUGAUAUCAAGUCGGAGCCCGAACGUCGCGACUUUGGCCUGUCACAAUUUGCGCUGCGUCCAAAGCAUCCAAACAUUUUCGACAUUGUUUUACAUCGAUUCGCUACCAGAGAGCUAUACAAGUGUCGGUCGACAUGGCCCCAAAACAAACUCAACGAAUUCUUCGACCAGCUGAAAUCGUACUAUCCCGGCUUUGCGGACGGAUACUUAGACGAGAAGGAGCAACGCAAAAAACACAAAAUCUUACUUCAAGAGGGGAGAGCCUUUGAAUCACUGGCUAAUGAGAGAGGGCUUGCUUGCCUCUUUGUGCUUCCUCGAGCAGACACUCUGUAUCAGAAGCUUCCCAUUGACGUGGCACACGACAAGCGGAAGGAGUUCAUCCAAGAACUUGACGAUUCUGGAAUUCGCGAGGAAGCAAAACCGUUUGAAAACCUCGCUAAACGCCUCGACAAAUACUUCUCCAAGAAUCGUGUUUUCCUUGAACAUGUCCCCGAUCAAUGUCUCACCAUAGAGGUAAACAAUCCGAGGAAACGACCCGCUCCAGACGGGGAUCUGCACGUCGCCCGAGGAGCUUGUGUCCAUACUUUCAACAAGGCGAGUACUACUGCGCAAAUUUUCAAUUCCGCUAGCGGCGGCAUUCAAUCUCCAGCGCAAAACGAAGCCCUCGUCGAAGCACACAUGCCAACGACGCAACCCGCGACCAUGGUCUGGGCUCAGCAAGCACCGCCUGGGAGAUGCAAUCCACAUGUCCUGUCGGGAGACGGAGGCCUCCAUGAUAAUCCAGCGGUAGUAGGAGGCACGAAUGAACUCUCAUACUUCGACAUGGAAGGGCCAACGUCAUCUUGGCUACCUGGAACCACCAGUAUUACUUCGAUAACCGGCGUGCAACUCCAAAUUAGCGCGGAACAAGCCGGGAGCAGGCUUGAGAACAAACGGCUUUUGCCUGUGGAGGGGAAUGGGGAAGUCUACGCCAAAGUAUUUCAGUACGACUGGUGCAAGGAGCACAGAGAUCUCUGCGACUCCGUUGUCGACGACAAGCGGCUCUCAUCCUGCCCAUUGAUCAGCUCGUGGCUGACAUCACCAUCACCUACGGGGACGUACCUCAGAGAGUGGAAAGUGGAUGGCGUCCCGGGUUGGGCUAUCAACUUUAUGAGGACUCGAAACUAA